GGCGGCGGCGGUGAAAUGGCGGCGAGCGGCGGCGCGCGGCCCGGCAGGCGGUGGCUGCUGUGGCUCUGGCUGAGCGCCGUGCUGCUGCCGCGGGGGACGCGGGGCCUGACGGAGGGCCUGUAUUGCGGGCGCCGCGUCUGCUAUGAGGUGCUGGGUGUCAGCCGCCAGGCUAGCAAGGCGGAGAUCGCCCGCGCCUACAGGCAGCUGGCCCGCAAGUACCACCCGGACCGCUACCGCGGGGAGCCGGCCGCGCCGGGCGGCGUGGACGGCCCUCAGGCUGCGCACGAGAAGUUCCUCCUCAUCGCCACAGCCUACGAGACCCUCAAGGAUGAAGAAACACGUAAAGAUUAUGACUACAUGUUGGAUCAUCCUGAAGAGUACUACCGACACUAUUAUCACUACUACAGUAGGAGACUGGCACCCAAAGUGGACGUCAGAAUAGUGAUCCUGGUUACCGUGUGUGCCAUCUCUGUGUUUCAGUUCUUCAGCUGGUGGAGUAGUUAUAACGAAGCUAUCAACUACUUAGCUACAGUGCCAAAAUACCGUAUACAAGCUACCGAGAUUGCCAGACAACAAGGUUUGCUAAACAAGACUAAAGAAAAAGGCAAGAACAGGCGACCUAAAGAGGAAAUUCGUGAAGAGGAGGAAGAAAUCAUAAAAGACAUUAUUAAAAAUAAAAUAGAUAUAAAAGGUGGUUAUCAGAAGCCCAAGAUAUAUGACAUCCUUCUAUUUCAGAUCCUCCUGGCUCCGUUUUACUUGUUCAAAUAUGUAGUUUGGUACUGUUGGUGGAUUUAUAGUUUUACUAUUAAAGGGCGAGAGUAUGGUGUGGAAGAGAAGCUAUAUAUCAUACGGAGGUACAUGAAAAUGUCUCAGUCUCAGUUUGACAGUCUGGAAGAUCACCAAAAAGAAACCUUUCUGGAACGGCAGCUGUGGAUACGAGAAAACUAUGAGGUCUAUAAACGAGAACAAGAGGAGGAGUUAAAGAAGAAGAUGGCGAUGGAUCCCCGAUGGAAAAGGUACCGGCGGUGGAUGAAGAAUGAAGGUCCUGGAAGACUGACCUUUAUUGAUGACUGAAGGUUGCUGAACAAAAUGUGUGCCCAUGUUGAAAGUGAUUUGCAAAACUUUACACUACAUCAUUCAGAGUUUUGUCUGCUGUGGCUUCAGCAGUGAUUGAAAACUCAGGAAUUAUUAAAUCAGGCUGAAAAAAUAAUACAGGUUUACCGUUUUUUAUGGAUCAGACCUAUUAAACAGGCCCGGCUCAAUGUAUUUAUGCCAUUUACUUGGGGAUCUCUGUGUGGAAUUCAUUAUUCCAAACAAUGUAUUUUGUGUACGUAUUUCAUAUUCUUGAUCGGUGGAACCAUAACUUUAGUCUUUCUGAAAAAGUUUCUAGGUCAGUCCUUGAAAGUCCUGUUUUUCUUUUUUUAAACUGAAGGGUUCCUGCAAAAGGACACUGGAAGUGCUUAUAAGUGGUAUGGAAGCAAGGGCCACUUUCUGUUUUCCUCUCUUUUCACCCACCCCACCCUUUUCACUCUUCGUUUUAUGAUGCCAAAUUGGUUUGUUUUGGUGUACGCAAUAUGGGGAUUAUACUGGACUUCUUCUCUUGCUAUUCCUGAUCCAGUUGGAAUUGAGUUUUGUUCUUUGUGGGAAUAAAUGAUGCAUGAUUGAUCAUCAUCGUCAUGGAAACAAGCCUUAAUUCUUUGCUCUGCAGAGUUGUUCAUGAAAUAAUAUGCUUAGGUCUUUUGUGUGUGGUUCUUUGUGUGCGUUGGAUUGUACCUGUCUGUUCAGAAGAGGUGUACCAGUGAAUAUUAGUCUGCUAAAUGUGACUUUUUUUCACCAAAGCACUGGUAAAAGGGAAAAAGACCCUUUUUGUUAAAAAGGGCAAUUUUGAUGCCUUAUGUAAAUAAAUAAAAGUUUAUAA